AUGACAGAGGAGUUUUCAACCUACUCCGUGGUACAUGCAAUGGCAUGGAUAUUGGAUCCAGCAGAGAUGUUACUCGCUUUUGAUGAUGAGGAGGAUGAGCAACCAGAUAGACGAGGAGUUAGACAGAGAGAUGAGGAGGGAGAGAAGGUUGGAGAGAGAGGUGGGGAUGAUGGAGGAGGUGAUGGAAGAGGAGGAGGAGGUGAUAGAGGAGAGACCACCGAGGAUAAAGAAAAGGAUGUGACUACUGAGUCACCGGCUACAGAGGUUGAGUUAAAUAUAGAAAAACCUUCACAAGAAGAGCAACUGGUAGAGGAUACUACUGAAAAACUGGUAGAUACAAUUGUUAAACCAUCUAAAGAACCGGCAAAAGAAAGUUCAGAGGUACAUACUGAGAUAACAUCUGAGAAACCAGCAAAUGAAAACUCAGAGAAACAUUCUGAGACACAGCUAGAGAAACCCAAACUGGUACAAGUUGAAGCAUAG